UUCACCACGGAGGAACAAGAAGCUGUUCAGACGGCAUUAAAGCAAAAAUUAGGCCCAGAAUAUAUUAGUCAAAGGGUCGGCAUGGGCGGUAAAAAGAUAGCCUAUAUUGAGGGAUGGAAAGUAUUGUCCAUAGCAAAUGAAAUUUUCGGUUUUAAUGGAUGGUCUCACUCUGUUACCAGUCAAACGAUUGAUUUCGUCGAUCAGAUUGGAGCUAAGUUUUAUGUCGGUAUUUGUGCAUUUGUCCGAGUUCAACUAAAGGAUGGAAGUUUCCACGAAGACGUAGGAUACGGUGUUGCAGAGGGAAUGAAGUCAAAAGCUUUAUCGCUUGAAAAAGCUCGUAAGGAGGCCGUAACAGAUGGCCUUAAGAGGGCUUUAAAGAGUUAUGGACAAGCCCUUGGUAACUGUAUCAAUGAUAUUUCAUACUUAAAUUAUAUUUGCAAGCUACGUGACGAAAAGGUUAGUGUAACAGUAGCUUUGAUUUGA